CCGUUGAUCCUGCUGCCCGAGCUUCUUCCUCCCACCCGUCGCCGCGGACUGCGAAACUCCAGUUCCACCCCCUGGGGUCCGGCUCUUUCUAGACCUGACGGCUAGGGUUUAUAUUUUUCCCCUUUCUCUUCUUUUGGUUGCCCUUCCCAACCACUCUCGGCUCCUUUUUCCCUUUUCCUAUUCCCGACUCAGAUUCGCUUUCUUCCUGAUACCUGUGACAGGAGCUCCCCCCGCAACGCCUUCCUUCCCCCUAGUCCGCCUUCUCUUCAGGAGUGUUCUCCCCGCCCUUUUCAUCCCCGAGGGAGCGCAAGUACUCCUCUUCAACGGCGGAGCGACCCCCGGUCUCCCUCCUUCGCUGAGGGAGGAGGGGGAAGAGAGAGAGAAAGGGGAAUCGUUUCCCGCCCCGGCUUUCCUGCCUCUGGCCAGCCAUGUCGAGCGAGGAGAGCUACUUGGCCAUCCUGCGCUACUUGACCAACGAGCGCGAGCCUUACGCACCGGGCACCGAAGGCAACGCCAAGCGCAAGAUCCGCAAGGCGGCCGCUUGCUACGUGGUGCGCGGCGGCACCCUGUACUACCAGCGCCGGCAGCGGGACCAACAGCGCUUCGCCGAGCUCGAGGUGGUGCUGCAGGCCGAGCGCCGCGCCCGCCUCAUCCGGGCCGCCCACCUGGAGCCGGACGGCUCCCAUCGGACCCGCCUGCAGACAUGGCAACGCCUCUCCAGGCGAUACUGGUGGCGAGGUAUUCUAAAACAAGUUAAAGAUUAUAUUAAAGAAUGUAGUAAAUGUCAGGAAAAAUUAGAUCGUUCCAGAUCUUUGUCAGAUCCUUCUGAAAUACUGGAAGAACUAGGAUUAGACACAGUAUCUCAUGAAGACAGUAAUGAAACAGAUGAUGAAAUAAGUAAUUCAGCAUCACUCCCUGCAGCAUCACCAAAACCUGUGAAAAAGAAGCCAAUAGCCAAACAUGAGCUUGUAUUUGUUGAUAGUAAAGGGCUUGUGAAACAGUCUUCCCCAAAGCAUUUUCAGUCAGUCUUGAACCAACUGAAUCAGCAGAGGCUUUCAAAUCAGUUCUGUGAUGUUACUUUGCUUAUUGAAGGAGAGGUGUACAAAGCACACAAAUCUAUUUUGGCAGCCAACAGUGAGUACUUCAGAGAACUCUUUAUCGAAAAGGGAGCGGUUUCAAGUCAUGAGGCUGUGGUGGAUCUUUCAGGAUUUCGAAAGGCCAGCUUCCUACCUUUGCUGGAAUUUGCCUACACCUCAGAAUUAACUUUUGAUUUCUGUAACAUGGCAGCAGUAGCUGAAUUGGCUCAGCAUCUCCUAAUGACAGAAGUCCUGGAAAUCUGUGAAACUGUGCACAAACAGAUGGAAGAUAAGCAAAUCACAGUGUAUCAGAAGGGAGAUGUACAGGUAGUAGAGGUGGCUCAGAAUAUGUUAGAACAAAAUGAAAAUGAAGUAAACUCUGUGGAAAGGACUGAGCAGUCUUUGCCUACAGAAGAUACAGUAACAACUGUAAAUGGAACCUGUUCAGGCACUGAAGUUGAAGAGAUGACUACAUCAGAGGCUGACCUGCAGCCUGCUUCCAAGCCUUCUGUGGACAACCCUCCAGAGCCACCAACCCAUUCUCCUAAUAUCGAAACAAGUGAAAAUGAGGAAAAAGGUCAAACAGUUGAAUGUGAAACAAAUCAGACUGAGGUGCAGACUGAGCCUCCAGCAGCAGAACAAGAAGUUGUCAGCACUCAGGCAGAAAGUGAUCAUGAUGAAAAUAUAAGUGGUGAACAGAAUAUGAGCAGUGAAGCAAAUGCGGAUGGUGUUGCUGAAGAUUCCCAGGAAGGACUUAAGCGCAAACGUGGCAGGCCAUGUAAAGCACAGAGUGUUCCUCAGCCACAGGUGGAGACUUCCAUUUCCAGUCAAGAUGAUACAUAUAAAAGCAAGCUUCGCCAGCGUUCUGUUAGCGAGGGUGGCUACAUCAGAUUACACAAGGGUAUCGAGAAGAAACUACAGAAUAGAAAACCAGUCCCCAAAUCGGCUAUCCAGCAGGUUGCCAUGAAGCUGGUGCAAAGAGGCAAGAAGAUGAAGCAGCCCAAAAGAGAGACUAUAGAACACAGUGAGACAGAAGCUCAGCACAAAUGCAAUGAAUGUGGAAUGGUUUUUCAGAGACGUUAUGCUCUUAUAAUGCACACAUUGAAGCAUGAAAGGACGAAAAAUUAUAAAUGUCCACUUUGCAAAAAAGAGUUUCAGUAUGGUGCCUCACUGCGAGCUCACCUGGUUCGCCAUACCCGAAAAAAUGAAGUGACCAUUGCAACUGCUAGCAUAGAAGAAAGUGGUGGAACUGUAAAGGGCAGAACUAAACGCGAAUUUAUUUGUGAUAUAUGUGGAAGAAGUUUACCUAAACUCUACUCUCUGAGAAUCCAUAUGUUGAAACAUACAGGUGUAAAGCCACAUGCAUGUAAGGUUUGUGGAAAGUCAUUUACAUACAAACAUGGUUUAAAGAUGCACCUUGCACUCCAUGAGGCACAGAAACAGUUCAAGUGUGAAUUGUGUGAUAAGUCCUUUGUCACAAAAAGAAGCCUCCAAGAGCAUAUAAGCAUUCACACAGGAGAAUCAAAAUAUUUUUGUUCACAUUGUGGAAAGUCUUUCCAUAGAGCUUCAGGACUUAGUAAGCACAUAAAGAAACACCAACCAAAACCUGAAAUCCGUGGAUAUCAAUGCAACCAAUGUGAGAAAAGUUUUUAUGAAUCUCGGGAUCUCCGGCAGCAUAUGAAUAAGCAUCUUGGUGUGAAACCAUUUCAGUGCCAAUUUUGUGGGAAGUGCUAUAGUUGGAAGAAAGACUGGUAUUCUCAUGUAAAGUCCCAUUCUGUUACUGAUCCUUACAGGUGCAAUGUAUGUGGUAAAGAAUUCUAUGAGAAAGCUUUGUACAGAAGGCAUGUCAAGAAAGCCACUCAUGGGAAGAAAGGGAGAGCGAAGCAAAAUUUGGAACGCAUUUGUAAACACUGUGGGAGAAAAUUUACUCAGCUUCGGGAAUACAGAAGACACAUGAACAACCAUGAAGGUGUUAAGCCUUUUGAGUGUCUGACAUGUGGAGUGGCCUGGGCUGAUGCACGUUCUCUAAAACGCCAUGUGAGAUCACAUACUGGAGAAAGGCCUUAUGUUUGUCCAGUAUGCAAUGAAGCUUACAUAGAUGCCCGUACCUUAAGGAAGCACAUGACCAAGUUCCACCGGGAUUAUGUACCUUGUAAGAUUAUGCUGGAAAAAGACACACUUCAGUUUCAUAAUCAGGGGACACAAGUUGAACAUGCCAUCAGUAUUUUAACGUCUGAUAUGCCAGAACAAGAAACAGAAGUUUGUACUGAAGAAAUUGAGACUGUAGUAGUGACUGAAGAAACACUUGAAGCUGUUGCAGCUACUGAAGAGUGUACAACUGUUUCCACACUUUCUGACCAAAGUAUCAUGCAGGUUGUCAAUUAUGUAUUGGCACAACAACAGGGACAGAAGAUAGCUGAGGUUACAGAAGCUAUUCAGACAGUAGAAGUAGAGGUAGAACAUGUUUCUGAUCAGGACUGAAUACCAAUGUUUAUUAAUGCACAAGCUGAUGAUCUGGGUGAAGCAGCAUGCAAUUAUUGAAGUACUGAUUGGACUUUAAAAUAUAGCUGCAAUUCCAGCACCCCAUUCUUAGUUUCUUGAAUAUGUAAAACCAACUUCUGUAUGUAAAACUAAAAUUGAUGACACCCGUAAGAUAAGCCAUGAACUUGUGCUAAGACUACUGCAUCAGUUGUAAUCACUUAGUAAAACAAAAAUAAAGUCUUCCGUGAUAGUAAGGUAGAUAUGUAGUUUUUGAUUCCUUUUACAAGAGUUUGCUUUUAUAUAAUUAUUUUGCUCUUUAGGGUAGUUUGGUAUACUAAAGAGAUGUACUAGUCAUUUUAAAUUCAUCUAUUUUUGAAGUUUAUAGAGAAGCAGAAUAAAUGGUGUGAUCUGUAAGUUGAUAAAUGGAUGUUAUCAUGACUAUUGUAUUCAUGGGAAUUAUUGUAAGAUGGUCAGUCUGGCUCUGACAUGUUUAUUUGGUUAAAUCUGCACAACUUUAAACAUGAAUGUUUAGAGCUACAAUUUUAAGGCUUCCAUAAGAAAACUAUUUCCAUAAUAUUUACAUUGUCAUCAAGUACAACUCUACAUUACUUUUAACUGUAUUAAGUUAUAAGCAGACUUGCAGGUGAAUUGUUCAUAUUAAUGGGUAUAAAUUUUUAGGUAAUUUUUUCCAUAUCUUGAAAUACUUCCAAAGUGCAUAUCAAGACUAGUAAAUACGUUACUGGUUAAGCCAUGCUUUAUUUACAAAAACUUUAAACCAAGAAGGAACUAAGGCACAUGUAUUGUAUAUAGAAAAAUCAAAGAGUAGUUAUUUUCAAAACUUACAAGUUUUGUCUUCCAUGUGGUUUUAGUGUCCUAACUUUUGUAAAAUACACUAUCUUUAGACAAUUAAAUAAAGCCUGUGUUUGUCUUAA